UAAAUAAGUAUGGCCUCCCUCUGAAGAAUUUUUAUUCCUUUCCUUAGCCGGCAGUGGCCUUCCCUUCCGCCGCCGCUGCUCCCGCUGCUCUCAUCUGUACCCCGCCGCUGAUUUCUCUCCCUGCCUGGGCCCGCCGGCGCUGCUCCUCCGACCGGAUACCGAUAGAAACCGGUAUCUCCCUCUCCCUUCCUCCACCCUUCCUUCCAAAACAUUUGCAGUCCAUCAUGGCGAUUGAAUGCCUCGUCUUAGGUGCGGGGCAAGAGGUGGGAAAGAGCUGCGUCGUGGUCUCCAUCGGGGGGAAGAGGAUCAUGUUCGACUGCGGGAUGCACAUGGGCUAUCUCGACCACCGCCGCUAUCCCGACUUCUCUCUCAUUUCCGAGACCGGUGAUUUCAAUUCUGCUCUCACCUGCAUCAUCAUCACUCACUUCCAUUUGGAUCAUGUUGGAGCCCUUCCUUACUUUACAGAGGUCCGUGGGUAUCAGGGGCCUAUUUUCAUGACAUAUCCUACAAAGGCUAUGGCCCCAUUGAUGUUAGAAGAUUACCGUAAAGUUAUGGUAGAGCGAAGAGGAGAGGAAGAGCAAUUUAGUCAUGAUCAUAUUGUGGAUUGUAUGAAGAAAGUUACAACAUUGGACUUGAAGCAGACUGUCCAAGUUGAUAAAGAUCUUCAGAUCCGUGCCUAUUAUGCUGGGCAUGUUCUUGGAGCUGCAAUGAUUUAUGCAAAAGUUGGAGACACUGCUAUGGUAUACACUGGGGAUUACAAUAUGACACCGGAUAGACAUCUUGGAGCAGCUCAAAUUGAUCGCUUACAGCUGGACCUUCUUAUAACAGAAUCUACAUAUGCAACAACUAUACGUGAUUCCAAAUAUGCUCGAGAGCGGGAGUUCUUAAAGGCUGUCCAUAAAUGCAUUAGUGGGGGAGGUAAAGUUCUAAUACCAACAUUUGCUUUGGGGAGAGCUCAGGAACUCUGUAUAUUGUUGGAUGAUUAUUGGGAGCGCAUGAAUUUAAAGAUUCCUAUCUACUUCUCAGCUGGUUUGACAAUUCAAGCCAAUAAGUAUUAUAAAAUGCUUAUUGGAUGGACCAGCCAAAAGAUCAAAGACACUUAUGCAAUACGCAAUACAUUCGACUUCAAACAUGUAUGCCCCUUUGACCGCUCCCUUAUAAAUGCUUCUGGGCCGUGUGUUCUUUUUGCAACACCUGGGAUGAUUAGUGGAGGAUUUUCGCUUGAGGUGUUCAAGCAAUGGGCACCAUCUGAAAAGAAUCUUGUUACACUUCCUGGGUAUUGUGUUGCCGGAACCAUAGGGCAUAAGUUGAUGUCAGGUAAACCCACCAGAAUCGAUAUAGACAAAGACACACACAUCGACGUUCGAUGCCAGAUCCACCAGCUGUCUUUUAGUCCCCAUACGGAUGCCAAAGGGAUAAUGGAUCUUGUUGAAUUUCUUUCCCCAAAACAUGUUAUUCUAGUGCAUGGGGAGAAGCCUAAAAUGGCCACACUAAAGGGAAGAAUUCAAUCUGAAUUGGGAAUUCAGUGUAAUGAUCCAGCAAACAACGAGACAGUGCUUAUUCCUACAACCCAGAAUGUCAAAAUUAAUGCCACUAAGAUGUUUAUGCGAAGCUGUUCUCAUGCUGACUUCCAUAGUGUAAAGAACAGCCUACCUUGCCUCUCCGAUUCUAGUUUCGGAGACAGUGAAGCCUCAAAUUUGGUGAGAAAUGAAAAGGUUGUUGAAGGCAUCCUAGUGAUGGAGAAAACCAAAACUGCAAAGAUUGUCUGUGAAGACGAGUUUCUGCAGACAUUGCAUGUGGAGGAACACAAAGUUCAGUUUGAAUACUCUUGCCCUGCAGAAAAGUGCAGGGAGCAAGUAUCCUGUCAAUCAAACAGCGGACCGCCACCGUCCGAUGGGAACUUUUCAGAGACGUGCUAGACUACAGCAUUCAAUAGCAAAUGAUACAUUGAGUGAGCCACAUUCUGCUUCACUUAUUACUGGCUAAAAGGAGAAACCGUGUCAAUUGCAAACAUACCAGCUAUGCUUCUGACUCUCUCGAGCUAGAUUAUGUACUUGUUCUAAUGAAUAUUUUCUUACAUGACCAGAAAGGGGGAAAAACAGUUCAGGUAGAUUAGCAAUAUAACUCUUCUGUACUUGGGCACCACUCACUAGUUGAUGAAAAGCUGGUCAGAGAUCUCAAUCAUGAGACAUGGAUUUGAGUGUCUCGAGUCGACUCACUUGGCACAUAAGCUGCAUAGAAAUGAUUGGUCUCUGCAGUGAAACCUUUUAUAUCAACCAAGCCAUGUUACACUGAUACUAAUUGUUACGAAAAGGUGGAAUGAUUUAUGACUGAAGCUUUUACUAAGCCGAGGGAGCCAAUUGAGGUAAAUUUCUGUUUUGCCUUUUAUGAAUUUAAUAUAACUUUUAGUUCUGUUGGAAUGCCAUCAAGUGACAAUGUUGAGGUUCCAGAUUUUGUUCACCUUGUGGAGUGCGAAUUCUGUGGAUGGAAGUAUAUGACACCCCCCCUCUCUCUCUCUCUCUCUCUCUCUCUCUUUUGGUGGUGGGUUGGUGUUGUUGGUGUGGUUGGAGGAAAACAUCUGUUUUGUACCAUGGCAAGUGUGGGCAAACUAAUAUAUUCAUGUUGAAAUAGGAGACACAUGGACUCGGUUGAUAUAUGUAUACAUUUGAUUAUGAUUAGCCCUCGUUUGAAUGGUUUAGCUGAAUGAUGGGCUGAUUCUAACUAUUUUAUUCCACUGAUGUAUAAAGAUAUUCUGGGCGCAGCAAUUCUCCCAAUA